AUCAGGGCCCAGCAGGCACUAACAUGGCCAAACCAAUGGCGUGGCGGUUCCCGGUAUAUAAACCGGGGGCCGACGCCUCGGAGUCGGGUGACCCCUAUUUCUGCUGGAGAAGGAUCUGAUCCCGGAUUGUUACCUCUGUUCUUGUGUCGCGUGCAGUGUUAGAAAGCAAUCAUGCCUUUCGGAAACACCCACAACAACUUCAAGCUCAACUACAAGGUUGAGGAGGAGUUCCCCGACCUGUCCAAGCACAACAACCACAUGGCCAAGGUGCUGACCAAAGAGCUGUACGGAAAGAUCCGGGACCGCCAGACGCCCAGCGGCUACACCCUGGACGACGUGAUCCAGACCGGCGUAGACAACCCUGGUCACCCCUUCAUCAUGACCGUGGGCUGCGUGGCCGGCGAUGAGGAAUCCUACGAGGUGUUCAAGGAUCUUCUGGACCCCGUGAUCUCCGACCGUCAUGGUGGAUACAAACCCACCGACAAGCACAAGACCGACCUGAACUUCGAGAACCUGAAGGGCGGUGACGACCUGGACCCCAACUACGUCCUGUCCAGCCGUGUUCGUACCGGCCGCAGCAUCAAGGGCUACACCCUCCCCCCCCACAACAGCCGCGGCGAGCGCAGAGCCAUCGAGAAGAUGUCCAUCGAGGCUCUGAACAGCCUGGACGGAGAGUUCAAGGGAAAGUACUAUCCUCUUUCUGGCAUGACCGACGCCGAGCAGGAGCAGCUCAUCAACGACCACUUCCUGUUUGACAAGCCUGUCUCCCCCCUGCUGACCUGCGCCGGCAUGGCCCGCGACUGGCCCGACGGCAGAGGAAUCUGGCACAACGAGGACAAGACCUUCCUGGUCUGGGUGAACGAGGAGGAUCACCUGCGCGUCAUCUCCAUGCAGAAGGCCGGCAACAUGAGGGAGGUGUUCAGACGCUUCUGCGUCGGUCUGAAGAAGAUCGAGGAGAUCUUCAAGAAGCACAACCACGGCUUCAUGUGGAACGAGCACCUGGGCUACAUCCUCACCUGCCCGUCCAACCUGGGCACCGGGCUGCGCGGCGGCGUCCACGUCAAGCUGCCCAAGCUCAGCACACACGCCAAGUUCGACGAGAUCCUGCACAGGCUGCGUCUGCAGAAGCGCGGCACAGGUGGCGUGGACACGGCGUCCGUGGGCGGAGUGUUCGACAUCUCCAACGCCGACCGUCUGGGCUCGUCCGAGGUGCAGCAGGUGCAGCUGGUGGUGGAUGGAGUCAAGCUGAUGGUGGAGAUGGAGAAGAAGCUGGAGAAGGGCGAGGCCAUCGACGGCAUGAUCCCUGCCCAGAAGUAACGGGGACGAUCGUCUUCCUGUGACCAGGAAACUCCCCUGGAAACUCCCCUGGAAACUCCCCUGGAAACUCCCCUGGAAACUCCCCUGGAAACUCCCCUGGAAACUCACCUGGAAACUCACCUGGAAACUCACCUGGGACUCUGGACUCUGCUAACCUCCUUUCCUUUCCUUUUAUCUACCCUUUUGUCCAGUUCUCUUGUUUGGGUCUGUAACAUCCUGGGAUCAGCCCGGCCGACGCCGCAUCACCCAUACCUUUAUAUAAAACGUCAUCAUUGAAACUGUUCAUACUGUUCAAUUAAAAGCCCCAUUGGAAAAA